UUUCCCCGUUGUGSUUGAUUGUUAUUGUAGCUAGCUUCACACGUGUGAAUUCAAUUCCAGCUGCGAGUAACAGGCACGCCUUUACCACUCUGGCCCACUUGUUUUCUGUAUGAGAAGUAGUGCUGCAGCAGGAUGCCAGGCAAGGCAGCAGACACGUUCCAACCUGGGGACUUGGUCUUCGCCAAGAUGAGGGGCUUCCCCCACUGGCCGGCCAGGAUCGCCCGGGGGAGAUUCUCUAAGAAGAAGGUUCAUGUGUUCUUCUUUGGAACUCACAGACCUUCUUCUGUUCCCAGAGCAUCCAUACCGUUUGAAAAUAUAGUGACCUACGUAGGGAACAAGGGCAGAUAUGGGAAAGGAGUGCGCAUUAGAGGCUUCACAGAGGGAAUGUGGGAGAUAGAGAACACUCCUAAAGUAUGCAGCAAACAGAAGGUGGGUGCUAGCGCAGCCAAAAAGGAGCAAGCAGAAAAACCUCCAGACCAGUCCAAGACACCAGCGCCGGUCAAAAUGUCCACCUCCCCUAAACAGGCCUCAAUAAAGGCCCCUAAAACACAAGCGAAGACUAUCAAGAGAGUGGCAGUGACGGCCCCGGGAAACAAAAAAACAUCGGCCGACGGCCAACAGAAAACUGACACGCCGGCCAACACAAGAGCUGAGAAAAGGAAAAAGAUUGGAAUGCAUCCUACCCAGGACGAGCCUGUCCAGGGGCAGAAGACAGCCCCGGCCGGUUCAACUGUAAUCCCACCAGCCAGCAAGAAGACAAGAUUGACGGAGGAGAAAAGCUCUUCCACUACAAAGAGCAAGAGAGAGAAGACCACAGAAGAGAGAAAGAAACAGGGGGAGAGUAGAGGGAGGAAGAGGAAAAAGGAGCUACAGCCCAAACCCCACCACGUACAGCCAACACCUCAACCACGCCGAGCCACUACAGCCCAACCCCACCACUACAGCGCCAACCCCACCACUGACGAGCCCAACCCCACCACUACAGCCCCAACCCCACCACUACAGCCCAAUCGCCACCACUACAGCCAACCCACCACUACAGCCCAACCCACCACCUACAGCCAACCCGACCACUCCAUUCUGCCAUUCUGGUCUUUUGGCUUUCCCACCCCCAACGGGAGGAAAAAUGGAGCUGGAGGGAAGAAAGCUGAAGAGAAGAAGAGUAGAAAGACAGGUGGGCAGAAAGGGGACAGAAAAACAGCGAGCAGGACAACAGGCGGCAGGACAACAGGCGGCAAGAAAAAGGAGAGCAAGAAGCCAGAAGAACAGAAAGAGGGCAAGACAACAGGCGUCAAGGCAACAGGCGUCAAGGCAACAGGCGUCAAGGCAACAGGCGUCAAGGCAACAGGCGUCAAGGCAACAGGCGUCAAGGCAACGGAGAGGAAGAAAACAGAUGAGAAGGUGGAAAGUACGAAAACGGAAGUAAAAAAUUUGGAAGGCAAAAAAACUGAAUGUAAGAAACUAGAACAAAAGAUGGAGAAGAAAGUGGAGCGCAAGAAAUCAGCGGAGGCUACGAAGUCUGAAUCGACCCGGGCGGAGGCUACGAAGUCUGAAUCGACCCGGGCGGAGGCUACGAAGUCUGAAUCGACCCGGCGGGAGGCUGAAAAGUCUGAAUCGACCCGGGCGGAGGCCAAGAAGUCCGAAUCGACCCGGGCGGAGGCCAAGAAGUCCGAUCGACCCGGGCGAGGCCAAGAAGUCCGAAUCGACCGGGCGGAGGCCAAGAAGUCCGAAUCGACCCGGGCGGAGGCCAAGAAGUCCGAAUCGACCCGGGCGGAGGCCAAGAAGUCCGAAUCGACCCGGGCGGAGGCCAAGAAGUCCGAAUCGACCCGGGCGGAGGCCAAGAAGUCCGAAUCGACCCGGGCGGAGGCCAAGAAGUCCGAAUCGACCCGGGCGGAGGCCAAGAAGUCCGAAUCGACCGGGCGGAGGACAGCAACUCCGAAUCGACCCGGGCGGAGGCCAGCAAGUCCGAAUCGCCCGGGCGGAGGCCAGCAGGUCCGAAUCGACCCGGGCGGAGGCCAGCAGUCCGAAUCGACCCGGGCGGAGGCCAGCAAGUCCGAAUCCAAGAAAGUGGAGACAGAAAAGAUAGAGAGACGACAGGAGGAGGAGCCUAAUCACCUCAGUGAGAGAGGUGUACUAGGGGACGGCCAGAUAACAGACAGUGUGUCUAAACUACAUACCACUAAAGAAUCUUUCACUCUGACGGACUCUACCUACACCGACAUUAGUAAGUGUCUGACAGCUGGACAACUCACUAUGUCUAUGGGAGGUGUACUAGGGGACGGCCAGAUAACAGACAGUGUGUCUAAACUACAUACCACUAAAGAAUCUUUCACUCUGACGGACUCUACCCUACACCGUAUACACGGAGAUAUACGCAUCUCUCUGAAGACGGACAACCCUGACAUUAGUAAGUGUCUGACAGUGCUGGACCAACUCACUAUGGUCUAUGUAACAUCACAACACGUCCAGAGACACAGUGAACUCAUCACUACUCUCAGAAAGAUGCGCCGUUUCCGCAGUAACCAGGACGUGAUGGACAAGGCGUCGAUGCUCUACAACCGCUUCAAGAACGCAUUCCUAUUGGUUAACGACAAGGAUAACGUCAUCAGCCCCGAGUUCCUCUGCUCGCUCCUGGAGGAGAAAGAGAGGGAGGAGGAGGAGAGGGUGGAGCGAUGGAGGGAGAAACAGAAGAGGAGAGGAGAGGUGCUGCAGGAGGUUCGCAGGAGAAUGAGUCAACUGGAGGAGAGAAGGGGAGGAGAGAAGGGGGUCGUGCCAGAGGAGGUGCCAGAGGAGGUGCCAGAGGAGGUGCCAGAGGAGGUGCCAGAGGAGGUGCCAGAGGAGGGAAGCUCCAAACUACAAUAGAAUCAUCCUGAGCUCCACUGGGAGAAACGGAGCAGGGUGAAGUUGUCCCUAGACACUGAUCUUGGUGCAGGUCACAGUUUUCGACCACCUAAUGGUUGAAGGUUAGUAUUUGGGGAGGGAAACUGAUUCUAGAUCUGUACCUGGGGGGGGAACAGAACAAUGGAACAUACCAACUCAGAAUCAGAGGGGGUGAACACGGAACAUACCAACUCAGAAUCAGAGGGGGUGAACACGGAACAUACCAGCUGUCCAACUGGGGUUAUGGUGUUUCUUUACCCUCCGUUGUCCACUCAAGAGUAUUUGGACAACCGCUUUACCCAUAUUCAUUGGUGCACACCGUUUCAAAAAACAUUGCAGACGUUAAGCGAUGGAAAAGGACGAGUGUUUUUUAUUAUUAUUAUUUUUUAUUUUUUUUGACAAGUUCAGGUUGUUAAGUCUUCUAGAAGACCGGGAAAACGGGGUACCAGGUGUUCUCCUAAAGACAGACCGACCUGGGGAGUGUCUUAAGUCGUCUCCUUUCCCUGAGGAUUAGAGGACAAGCUUUCCUCUGAUGCUUUAAUAAAGAAGCCCUUCUUAUAGGAUGUUCUGUAGAAACCAGGGAAUAGUUCAGUCUACACACGUUUUUACUUUCCUGAUGUUUUAUUUUUAUUUUUUAUACCUUGUAUGUUCUCUUAAAUACCAUACUUUAUGUUGUUGUGUAGUUUUUAACMGUGAUGUUAUAGACUUGAUUCUACUUUAGCCUGGAUUUCUACUUAGCUUGUACUCUGUCCCUGCAAUACGUAGCCUAGUAGCCACGUUGAUUAUUGCUUUAGCCAAUUUGGCUAGUAGCCUAAAAGCAGAUCUGGUUGCCAGGUAAUAUUACCCUUCAGGUAUCUCRGUUCAAUAGCCAUCGCUGCUCAUGGUUGUAAACCCCCAGAGGGCCAGACGGUAGCACACAAGUUAAAAGAGUCUGGCAGGUCAUCRGAUUCAUCCCAGGACAGACGGCGGCGUUAUAUUUUAACCCCUGAUUCAACUGCAGCGACACAUGUUUUCACACACACAGAGACACCACGGACAGGAGUUGGUUCCUGUGAAUGGUUUAAAAGGGGAACAGACUUUGGUUUAAAAGGGGAACACACUUUGGUUUGACACGGUACACUUUACCUACAGAUAUGUUCUACAGAUGUCAUUUCACUGGUAAUAAAUGAGCAUUACUUCAGGUUACGCUGUUGUAAACCGUUCUGUCACGUUUUA